AUGACCUCAUUUACUUCAUUCAGCAUCAACUUACACAGUUUCAACCCAGAGAUGAUUAUCCUGCUUCGGGAGUUAGAAAGCUACAAGAAUACAAAUGAAGCUGUUGCUAAUGCUGGGUUGAACCGACAAUAUCACAGAAGCGGCUUUCGGACUUCGUAUCGCAACGUACCAGGCAACUGUUUGGAUAUACCACAGAAUUUUUUGAGCAGUAGUCCGGACAUGUGGAACAAUGACAAUGACUACAUUAUUGGUCAACGGAAAGUUAGAAGUUUGAAAGUUGUCAACGAUGCCGCCGACAAAGGAGUGGCCUUAAUUCAGGAGUUCAACAGAGUUGUAACAAAUGACGAAGACCAGAAGGAGUAUUUGUUACAAGUGAUAGAGAAACAUCGCAAAGACUUCCCAAAUCCAAAGAAGUCUACUAUUAUUGCUGCAAGAAGAAAGUAA